GUGGUAUCGUUGCUGUAAUCAUAAUAUUCAAUCAGCAAGUCUUCGAUAGAUAUUAUAAAUGAAAAGGUAAAUGAAAUAUAUUUGGAUGCAUAUAAGACAUUAUUUAAUUCAGUUGUUCAAAUAUAAAGUGAUUUUUCCUUCUCACCACUGGAGGGCAGUACAGACCCUCAGCUCAUGUUAAUAUGGUCACGUGAUCAUGUUUAUCCAUUGCAGGCUGCUGUCGUAAAACCCUCUCUCAUCCUUCUACUCUUCCCGCCAGUCAUUAGCCCAGUGUUUAUAUAAAGCCCAGGAUCAUCAACAGCAUGUCCGAGACACCCGUCCAACCACAUAUGAGAGCAGAAGACAUCCUAGCAGAGAUCCAAGCAAACCUGCUGGAGUGCAAAGUGUGUUUUGAGAAGUUCUCCAUUCAGAAGCGAGACCACACACCCCGAAAUCUUCCCUGUGGCCACGUGCUGUGUCUCAAAUGCAUCUGUGCUCUUUCCCACCCUGUAAACCAAAGGCUGGAGUGUCCCUUCUGUAGGAAACUGCUGGAUGUCGGCAGCACUUCUGAAUGCCGUGCGCUCACCGAUCUCCAGGAGCUUCUGCUGUCAGAAGCUUGUCCCAGGUUGUAUGAUAGGGUCAUGGGAUGGACUGAAAGCUUAAUAUCUGGGACGCUGCGUCUCCGUUCGGCCUUUGGAGGAUGGGGAACGAUUGUCAACCCUUUAGGGAUGGUUGUUUCUGAAACAUCAGGACAGAUUGUUUUGGUGCACGAUGGUGAGAAAAGAGUUGCCGUUUUUAGUGCGCAAGGAACUCUUUUGGACGGCUUUGGACUUUAUGGACACGACCCGUCUGAUUUAUGUCACCCACUUGAUGUUGCGUUGACCAAAAGUGGACAUGUUUUGGUCACAGAUGGUGGUGACCAAUCAGUCAAAGUCUUCACUUCCAAAGGCCGUCUGGUGGUGGCCAUCCGAGACUCGUUUCGGCUGCCGUGGGGUGUUGAUGUGGACACCCGUGGAUGUGUUUUUGUGACCGACGCUGAGAUGGGAACACUUAGCCAGGUCAUAAUAGACUUUUCUCGUGGGGUAGUCCUAGUUAACAGAGUGGUUUUCAAAGAUCUGACGUGUCCACGUACAGUAGCUUCAUGCAAAUCAACGGGAAACAUCGCAGUUGUGGAGCGUUUUCGGGCCGGAUUCACUGCUUCGUGUUUGAGAAUAUUCAAUAGUGACUUUGUUCCUUUGACGCAGGUGGACAGUUUCGCUCUUAACUUGAAGAACUCUCUGAGUUUGUCUAUAUCUUCAGUGGUUUUCGAUCGAAAUGGAGAUGUGAUUGUAGGGGAUGUGCAGAACGGGAUGGUCUGGAGUUUGGGAAAGCUGCAGAAAACCCCUGUGCUGACUCCACUAGUGAGUGGACUGCGGCGUCCAGUGGCAUUGGCUGUGACAACACUGAAUGUGCUUGUCGUCUUGGACGGUGGAGAUCAUGCAGUCAAGUUCUAUGCUGCAGACACAGAUGACUUGUACUGUGAUAAAAAAUGAGAGGUGUGAAUACACAACUAGUGUGUUCGAAUCCAUGUAUGUUGUUUAGGUGGAUUGAGGUGUGAUGAUGGGAUUUUGGUGUGUGUUGUGAGUUGAUGUUGUGUAAAUGGUGUUUCAUGGCAUGAUGGCUAAAGCUCAAAGCUAAUAAAUGGAAAGUUUCAAGCAACACAAUCAGAGUUCACGUUUAUUGGUCAAGUAAGUUGUAUACUUACGUGGAAUUUGACUUGCAAGCAUGUCAUAUAAAUAUUACACAAAAUAUACAUGCUUGAGUAUAUUGACAAAUGUCUAGUGCAUGUACAUGUUGUAUAUGUAUUGAUUCAUGCACUUAAAGGGUUAGUUCACCCAAAAAUGAAAAUUCUGUCAUUAAUUACUCACCCUCGUGUUGUUCCACACCCAUAAGACCUUCAUAAGAUCUUUUUAAUGAAAUCAGAGAGAUUUCUGUCCCUGAGUGCAUAGACAGUCUGUGCAACUGACACUUUGAAGCUUCAAAACACAUCAGUUGUGGUAAACAGAAGCUCAAGCGUGUUUUCUUGACGCGUACGAGAACCAAUGAGGUUCAUU